AUGGAAGGAAAAUACGCAUCUGAUCCCGAGUGGGCAUCUAUACAGCCAAUUCCGCUGAACGAUGGCUCCGAAUCAGGAGCUCAGCCCUUGGCUACCAUUGCCUAUCCUUCGGACUAUCUUGAGGCCACAUCGUAUCUACGAGCGGUCAUGGCGGCCAACGAAAUGUCGGAAAGGGCCUUGAAGUUGACUGAAGACAUUAUCUCGAUGAACCCGGCACACUAUACCGUAUGGAUUUACCGAGCCAAGAUCCUGUUUGCUUUGGGCAAAGAUCUCAAAGACGAGCUGGAAUGGCUCAACGGUGUUUCACUCAAGUAUCUCAAGAACUAUCAGAUAUGGCACCAUCGUCAAGUUCUCAUGUCACGCACAGAUCACUUCCCAAGCCCACCGGCUAAGGAGCCAGACUUCCUCAUGGAAAUGUUUGCCCAAGACUCCAAAAACUACCAUGUUUGGACCUACCGUCACUGGUACGUCCGCCACUUCAAGCUCUGGGAUGCCCCGCGGGAAAUCCAGGACGUGGAGGCCCUCAUUGCAUCGGAUGUCCGCAACAACUCCGCUUGGAACCACCGCUUCAUGCUCCGGUUUGGCCCGCGCGAUAACGAGCCAGAUGCUGGAAUGCCCAAUAGCGGCGGAGACCCUUCGGAGAAGGGCCGACUAGCCGUUGUCGAUGAAGACGUUGUCGACGCUGAGCUGCAGUACGCUAAAUCUAAGAUUGUCCGGGCGCCCGAGAAUCGUAGCCCGUGGUCAUAUGCGCGGGGUGUAUUGCGUGCCGCGGGUCGGCCUCUUUCGGAAUGGAAGGAAUUUGCUGGCAAGUUCGUCGUCGAUAAGGAAGAUGGUGGCGUUGAGGUCAAGAGUAGCCAUGCUGUUGAAUGGCUGGCUGAUGUGUUCGUUGCGGAAAGCGAACCGACAUCAGAACAGGAAGCUGUCCGUAUGCUUACCUUGCUGAAGGAGAAGUAUGAUCCCAUUCGAUCUAACUACUGGGAUUAUCGCAUUCGGACGAUUACCAGUGCAGCCGUUCCUGCUACAGCAUGA